AUGGGGCGCUCUGCUGUCGUGCACUUUACGCCGCUGAGGAACUGCCUCGCCAACCUCCCCCUAUCGCUCCACGGGCCUCUGAACCAGCGCGGAGUCGCACCGCAAUCCAUCGCAGUACAGCUCUCGUUCAAGCACAACGGUCAGCCCCAGCAGGUGGUCUUGGGAUGGACAGGCCUGCCGGCUUCAGUCGGUCCGCCGGUGCAGGGCUCGCGCGGGACGGCCGCACUCGCGCAGGACAGGGUCGAGAUGGACCCGCAGUUUGCCGCGAUGCUCAACGUCGGAUUGAGCGAGGGACUGACCGUCAAUAUCGAGCUCCUUCGUGACUUGCCGCACGCCACGGCGGUCAACGUUACACCCUCGACCGCUGACGACUGGGAGAUCCUGGAAACGAACGCCGAGUUCGUUGAGAUGUACCUCCUGAACCAGGUCCGAGCGGUCAAGGAGAGGAUGAUGGUGGGUUGCUGGGUCGGGAACAGCCUGAUUCGUUUCGUUGUCGACUCGACGUCGCCUGUCGCCUCGCCCGCCGUCCUCCUCACCUCCUCGACCGAACUCAUCGUCGCCCCGAAAUCCCGCCACGCUCCUCCGCCCGCCUCCUCCAAGACCCACGACCUUUCCGCCACCCACUCCAAGUCGUCGGCGCCGACCUCAGCAGCUGCAGCAGAAUGGGAACAAGCCCGCCGCCGACUCCUUCGCCUUCUCCCCCUCUCGCUCGCUCCGCCUGAAGCUGCCCCGUCAACCGACUCUUCCUCACAAGAUGAACACGCAUCAGUCUACGUCUACCCUUCACUCGCUCGAGUAGCCAAGAAGGCUUUCCCGAGCGGGUCGGGACGGUUCACCGUCGCCUACCAUGCUCGACCAACCGGCAGAGGCUCGGCCACGAUUGAUGCGCCUCCUUCGAGCGACUCGGCUGGACCGUCUGGUGGUGCUGCCAGCGGCGAUGCAGCUUCUCCCGGUGCUGCGAGCGCAGGCGGAAGCGGGAACGAGCACGUCUUGGCAGAGGUCAGGGUGGUCGAGAGUGCGAAGGUGCCGGCUGGACAUGUAUGGAUGAGCGAGGCGUUGCGAAGGGAGAUUGGGAUCAGGAAGGGAGACGGAGCGUUCGAGUUGGUUCGACUUGGCGCGCCACUCUCGUCUGCGGCUCGCAAAGUCCGCCAAGCGCAACGCGAGAAAGACUCGCAUGCCCCCUCGUCUAGGGCCGCCUCAACCAGCAAGUCUCCCGCCGAACCUUCGCCUCUCACUCCCGCACCAUGCCUCGCAGGCAUCGACAAACCCCUCACCCAGCUCCGCUCGCAUAUCGUCAACUCACUUGCGGCGCGGCAGCUUUCGCGCUCGGCGAAGGGGAGUAGCGCGGCGGGCGCACCAGGAGUCUUGGUCACCGGCGCGAGCGGGGCCGGCAAGACGGCGUUGGUGAAGAUGGUGGCGGAGGAGAUGGAGAAGGAUGAGAGGGUGCUGAGCCGUACGAUUUACGUCGACUGCUCGAAGCAUGCCGAUGAGCGACUGCCGACGCUGAAGGGACGUAUGAAGGAUUGGUUCGACGAGGCGUGCUGGCAUGCGCCCGCGGUACUCGUGCUGGACAACCUUGACCGCAUGAUCGCCGCCGAGGUCGAGCACGCCGACUCCUUCCCUGCCGUCCAUCUCGCAAACACCUUCCUCUCGCUCGCCCUUCCCGCCCUCGCAUCCCGCCCGAUCGUCCUCAUUGCAACAGCACAAGGCUCGACGAGCCUGCAUCCGCUUCUCAGCUCGACGCACUUGCUCGGCGAGACGGUAUCGCUGCGAGGACCCGACAAGACGGCUCGGCGAGACAUCCUGAACGUCCUGGUCAAGGCAAAGACGAGCUCGUCGGACCUUAUGGCGCCGAAGCUUAACUACGCCUCGAUCGCUGCUGUGACGGAGGGCUACCUCCCCGCCGACCUGCGCGACCUCGUCGACCGAGCCGUCCAGCAAGCCGCCAUCCGCUCCAUGUCCUCGCCUCCCGCCCCCAGUUCCAGCGCACUCGAGCUGACAGCCGACGACUUCUCCGCGGCACAACAAGGCUUCGUCCCGCUUUCCCUGCGCGAUGUCAAGCUGCAGAAGAGCGAGGUGCAGUGGGCGGACAUCGGUGGCCUGACGGAGGCGAGAAAGACACUGCGCGAGACGCUCGAGUGGCCGACCAAGUAUGGCGCGAUCUUUGCGAGUUGCCCGCUGCGACUGCGAUCCGGUCUCCUCCUUUACGGCUACCCAGGAUGUGGCAAGACCCUCCUCGCCUCAGCCGUCGCGAAGGAGUGCGGUCUCAACUUCAUCUCGGUCAAGGGCCCCGAGAUUCUCAACAAGUACAUCGGCGCAAGCGAGAAGUCGGUUCGCGACUUGUUCGAGCGCGCGCAGGCCGCCAAGCCGUGCAUUCUGUUCUUUGACGAGUUCGACUCGAUUGCGCCGAAGCGUGGUCACGACUCGACUGGCGUGACGGACCGAGUCGUCAACCAGAUGCUUACGCAGAUGGACGGAGCAGAGGGUCUCGACGGUGUCUACGUUCUCGCCGCGACCAGUCGACCCGACCUGAUCGACCCCGCGCUGCUUCGACCCGGUCGUCUCGACAAGUCGGUCCUGUGUGACAUGCCGAACGAGCAGGACCGUCUCGAGAUUAUGGAGUCCGCAGCACGCAAGAUCCACCUCUCCUCCUCCGUCUCGCUCGCUCGCUACGCCGCCCAAACAGCCGGUUUCUCCGGCGCCGACUUGCAAGCCCUGAUUUACAACGCCCACCUCGAUGCCAUCCACGCUACUAUCGCGCCGGCUGUGGAUGCUAACGGGCAAGUUGAAGGCACAGGAGCGGGAGGGAUGAGGGAUGAGGAGGGAGGCGACAUCAAGUAUGUCGUGCUGGGAGGGAAGGAGGACGAGAAGGUGUUGAGUCGGGCUGAGCAGGCGACAGUCAACAAGCGGCUCGAGCAAAUCAUGAGUGCCAUGAAGGAGGCCUCUCGCUCGAAGACGAAGAAGGCAGCCGCAACAAGCGCUUCUCCAGCGUCUCGCGCACCAACUGUCGUCGAGGACUCCCACCUCCAGAAGUCCCUGCAGACGACUCGUCCGUCCGUCCCGGCCGAGGAGCUGGCUCGCCUGCGUCGGAUCUACUCCGAGUUUGUUUCGGGGCGAAGUGCGGGUGGCCUGCCUUCGGGCGAGGCGAGCGACGAAGUCGGCGGGCGGGCAAGCUUGAUGUAG